GUGAAGCAAAAACGCAAUGUUGUUACUGUGAAUUUUCGUUUUUCUUGAAUAAACUUGAUAUUUUUGUUUUGUUGACGUACAUGGCCAGUACCGAAAGUCAAGAAUUGAAUCUAUAAAAAGUGUGAAAUCGGAAUGAUGAUUGAACAUGAAAAUUCCUACUUUACUUUGGAUUCUUUCCUUUUCCAGUAUACUUCCUUAUCCAGUUUAUUCUUCCAGAUUUUCAUGUAGUAUAGAUAAAAAUGUGAACCUCAAAUCAAAUUCUUUACUUGACAAAAUUCAUGAUAAUUAUAGUAUUUUUCUACAAACUCCUGGAGGAUACAGUAAGAAAUAUGGUACUUUUAGUGAUGAUAUGCGAUUGAAAAUGAAGGAUGAAGCACGUAAAAUGUUUCAAUUUGGUUACGAUAAUUAUUUGAAAUAUGCAUUUCCUAAAGAUGAAUUAAAUCCAAUUCUUUGUUGUGGGAGAGGACCAGAUUACGAUAAUCCGUCCAAUAUAAAUAUCAAUGAUGUCUUAGGUGACUAUUCAUUAACUCUUAUUGACGCAUUAGACACACUUGCUAUUAUGGGCAACUCAAGUGAAUUCAAACGAGCCGUUUCCUUAAUAAUUGACAAUGUAUCUUUUGAUACUGAUAAUACUGUCCAAGUGUUUGAAGCUAAUAUUAGGAUUCUUGGUUCACUUCUAUCUGGCCAUCUUUUAAUUAAUGCUACCAAUCAACCAUUUGGAAAUCUAAAACCAGUAGGAUAUAAUAAUGAAUUACUGCAUUUAGCUCAUGAGUUAGCUAGUCGUUUAUUGCCUGCAUUUGAAAACACUUCCACUGGACUUCCAUAUCCUAGAGUAAAUCUCCGUCAUGGUGUUCCUCCUGAUGUAUCUACUCACACAUGUACUGCUGGUGCUGGAUCUUUAUUGCUGGAGUUUGGAAUGCUUAGCAGAUUGAUUGGUGAUCCUGUCUAUGAAGGUGUAGCAAGGCGAGCUGUAAAAGCUCUUUGGAAGUUGAGAUCAAAGAAUACAGGACUAUUAGGAAAUGUUAUUGAUGUUCAGUCAGGUGAAUGGGUUGGACAAAUGAGUGGUGUUGGAGCAGGUUUAGAUUCCUUUUAUGAAUAUUUGCUCAAAUCAUAUAUUUUGUUUGGAGAUAAAGGAGACUACUUGAUGUUCAAUGAAACAUACCAUACUAUAAAGAGAUAUAUGAGAAAAGGGAGAGCUCAUUGUAAUCAUGGCUAUGGAGAGCAUCCAUUAUAUGUCAAUGUCAAUAUGAUAGAUGGUAGUACAUUAACUUUAUGGAUAGACUCUUUACAAGCUGCCUUUGCUGGUGUUCAGGUUUUGACAGGUGAUAUUGAAGAAGCUAUUUGUGCUCAUGCUUUGUAUUAUUCUAUUUGGAGACGAUUUGGUGCUCUUCCAGAACGUUUUAAUUGGCAAAGAGUUAGUCCAGAUUUAGCAUUUUAUCCAUUGCGGCCAGAACUUAUUGAAUCAACCUAUUUACUUUAUCAAGCAACAAAAAAUCCUUUUUACCUUCAUGUUGGUCAAGAAAUUAUUGAAAGUUUGAACAAAUACUCUAAAGCAAAAUGUGGAUAUGCCACUAUUCACAAUGUACAAGACAAAACAUUAGAAGAUAGAAUGGAGAGCUUUUUCCUAAGUGAAACAUGCAAAUAUUUAUAUUUACUCUUUGAUGUUGAUAAUCCAUUAAAUAAAAUGGCUAGCCAUUACGUCUUCACAACUGAAGGACACAUUUUCCCACUCCUCAAACAAUCACAACUAAAACUUUGGAAUUUUGGUGAAGAUGCAAAUGGGACAGAGCUUAAAAUCUCUGUUUCCGAUACCAGACAUAAUGUUUCUAAUAAGACACAUUCAAAUUGUGAAAGAAUACCUGAUGAACGACAAUACCUGUUGCCUUUGAAACCAAAAUACAUGCUUCAAAUCAGUCAAGCCUUGGGAUUAGAGAGCUAAGAAAUUAUUUUUUAAAGAAAUUUUAUUCUUGUAUAGAUAUAAUUUAAAGCUGUUUAUAGUUGAUGUAAAGCAGAGAUAACUAUGUUUUUUGUACAGAAUUCUAUUUAUAUAUCACUUGUUAUUUUGCAUCAAUCAAUCUAUUUUUAAUGGUAUUUUUAUUUUUGUAAUUGUAUAAAAGGUAUUUUCUUAAGUUCAUUUCAAUAAAAUAGUACUCAAUUGCA